UAGCCCCCAAACUGAGACCUUCAUUUAUAAAUGAAGCAGAACUUGCCACGUAUCACAAAGGUUGUUAACAUAACAGAAUCACACAAAUACUGGAACAAGGCAAGGAUUAUUAGCUGAAAUUCAUGAAAAAUGGCCAUGAGAACAGCAGCAUUAGCAGCUUCUUGUAUUGGAAGAAAGCAACGCCCAAAUUUAAUUAUUCCCCUUCUCAAGAAUUCCAGGCUCCAUCUUUCCCUCUCUGAUCAUCACGACCCCCUCUCAGUUCCACAUCCCCAAUCAGGGGGUUACAAGCAUUUAGUGGUUCGGGCAAUACAAGGGGCAGCCACAGAUUCCGCGGCCUCCAAGAAAUCACAAACGAAUGAAUCUCAAUCUGAAUCUUCUCCGUCGAAUUGGAAGGUUAAAAUGCUUUAUGAUGGAGAUUGUCCUCUCUGUAUGCGUGAGGUGAACAUGCUUCAAGAGAGGAAUAAAAGUUAUCAAUCCAUCAAGUUUGUUGAUAUUAGUUCGGAUGAUUACUCGGCUCAGGAUAAUCAGGGCCUUGACUAUGAAACUGCAAUGGGAAGAAUUCAUGCAAUACUGCACGACGGAACAAUAGUCAAGGAUGUUGAGGCCUUCCGGAAAUUAUAUGAAGCAGUUGGACUUGGAUGGGUAUAUGCCAUUACCAAAUAUGAGCCUAUUGCCACAAUAGCUGACUCUGUAUAUGGUGUUUGGGCAAAAUAUCGUAUGCAAAUUACAGGCCGUCCCCCUCUGGAAGAAGUUUUGGAGGCAAGAAAGAAAAAGGGGGAGACUUGCAACGACAAUAAGACUUGUAAGAUGUGAAUGAUAUCCGACAGAAUCUGAUAUAAUUGGGCAGAUGUUGGGUAAACAUUGCCGUUGAUGAUUCUGGCCUUCUACUCCAUUCAAUGAACUUAGCUAACAGAGUUACAGUAAUCAACCAUGACGUAAAUAAUUACACUGUUGCCUCUCUGCUACAAUCACUCCUGCCAGUUGCAUAGAGGGAUUAAAAAAUUUCCAUCAUAAAACGCUGAUAUAUUGCUCAUAAACUUUACUGAAGUAUAUAUUCUGCUGUCUAUUAGAGUUGCAGUAUAUCAGAACUUGAAGUUCCUCAUAUGAUUAGUACAUGAUUUUUUGGUUGCUCUC